CUGCACCUCGCCCGCCGGAAGUAGUUCGCCAGGCGGAAGCUUAUCCGCAGGAAGUAGCAGAAGUGCUUUCUCUUCCGGUCUCUUUGGCCUCGGCGGCAGAAGCAAGAUGACGAAAGGAACGUCAUCCUUUGGAAAGCGUCGCAAUAAGACGCACACGUUGUGCCGCCGCUGUGGCUCCAAGGCCUACCACCUUCAGAAGUCUACCUGUGGCAAAUGUGGCUACCCUGCCAAGCGCAAGAGAAAGUAUAACUGGAGUGCCAAGGCUAAGAGGCGAAACACUACCGGGACUGGGCGUAUGAGGCAUCUAAAGAUUGUCUAUCGAAGAUUCAGACAUGGAUUCCGUGAAGGGACAACACCUAAACCCAAGAGGGCAGCUGUUGCAGCAUCCAGCUCAUCUUAAGGAUUUCAGUCAGUCAUAAAAUAAAUGUUCUGGUUUCGAAAACAGUGUGUGGU